AUGGCAGUGCUGACGUUAAACGUUACCGAUUGUCACAAUCUCACAGAUAUAGACCCUUAUUCUGAUGCUGCCCCCACCGCUUUAACUAUUGUCGAAAUAACGUAUUACACGCUCACCGUCAUUGGUAACAGUUUGUUGAUUGCCACUGUUGUCCGGCGUCACGCUCUGUACAGUGUGUCCUACUUCGUGACCAACUUGGGCUUUAAACAUUUCACCUUCGCCUUGGUGUCUGCGGUGUUAGUGACGCCCAGUGUCUUCAAAGACCGCUGGAUGUUUGGACACCAUUUGUGUAUCUUGUUUGGAUUUAUCAGCAUGUGGUUGGCGUAUGUGGAUCGGUUGACUCUGGAUUGCCUUGCCGGUGACCGUUACGUAGCCGUUACAAGGUCAUUACGAUAUCGCCAAAUUCUGAACAGGAACAAGUUCGGAGCGACCGUUGCCUUCUGCUGGUCAUACUCGUCCAUCUCAGCCGCCAUGCCGUUAGUGCCGUUUGGAGAGUGCGUUUACUGCGACAACCUCAAAUUCUGA